AUGAGUGAAAUCGCUGGGUUGCUGGGGCAACACAAACGAAGGUACCGCUACAGAAGCAGCUGGAGGCGUAACCUUUAACGCUAUCUGGUAAAUAGCUAGCUAGCGGUUAGCUAGUUCAAACUUUACGCGGAGGUGUGUUUGCAGAAUAAGUUACUAUGGCAAGUCAGAGACCCCUGUCAGGCAGACCUAUGAGUCGUGGGUCAUUAGUUAUAGGAACAGGAAGGCCGCCAACUGCCAUCAGACCUCCACAGACAGCAGUCAGAGUAGGAACUGGGCUGGUGCCAGGUACUGGCCGCCCAGGGACAAGGGGUGGACCCGUUGCCACACCAGGUGUCCUAUCAGCCCAGAUCAAAGUGACCAAUCGUCCUGUCACUCAGCAGGGCCUCAGUGGCAUGAAGACAGGCGGGAAAGGACCCCAGAGGCAAAUCCUGGAUAAAUCAUACUACCUUGGGUUGCUCCGGAGUAAAAUAAAUGAGCUUACAACCGAGACCAGCAAGUUACAGAAAGAGAUUGACGUUUUUAACCAGGAGAACUCUGUUUACCUGUCAUAUGAAAAAAGAGCAGAGGGCCUUGCUGGUGAAAUAAAAGAUCUUCAGGGGCAGCUGGCAGACUAUAACAUGCUGGUUGAUAAACUGAACACCAAUACUGAAAUGGAUGAAGUAAUAAAUGACUUCAAUAUGCUGAAAGCACAGAAUGACAGACAAGCCCAAAGCAUAGAUGUGAUAUUCACAGAAAGAAGAGAGAAGGAGGACAUGAUUCAGGCCGUGGAGGAGGAAAUUGAACGGGAGAAACAGGCAGCAGAUGACAUAGUGAAGAAGAUGUCCUUAGAGAAACAAACCAAGUAUGCUGAGAUGAAGGCCAACAAUGAGGAGCUAUUACAGGAAUUGGAUGUUCGUCAAGAGGAGCUGGACGCGUUAAUGACCAGGAAGGAGACCUUUGAGGCUGAGCUUGUGCAUUCCCAUGUGAAGCAGGAGGCCGUAAUUCUGUAUGAACGUCUGCAGGAGCUGGAGCAGCGUCGAGAGGCAAUGCAAGCUGAGGAGGGGAGCGCAGUGUCUCCUCAGGAGGAGAGAGAACGCCUCCUCAAACAGGUAAAAGAAGAUAAUCAGGAAAUAGCCAGCAUGGAGCGUCAACUGACUGAAACUCAGGAGAAGAUCAAUCAACUUACUGAAGAGCUGCGACAGCUCGACUUGGACAUGGAGGAUCACCAAGGUGAAAGAACCCAAAAGUUCAAAGAGCUGCAGAAGAAAGAGGAAGAGAUAGAUGUUUACUUGGAUACAUUCGAGGAGAAUAAAGCCAAAGAAGUGGAGCAUGGUCGGGAGACCCAGGCCAGCAUCGUGGCUCUGCUUGAGCACUCCAGCAGGACAAUGAAUCGUAUGAGUCAGCUCUCCUCAGUCAGUGCCCAUGAGCUCAGAUCCAUGCAGGAGGACCUCAGCUUUAAGGAAACAGAGAUGCAGAAAUCUCAGAGCACAGCUAAAGGACUGUCCACUGAGAGCGAGCGUUUGCAGCAGGAUAUGCUGAAAGUGGAGCAGUUGGAAGGGAAGGUGUUGGCAGAGAUGGACUCUCUGAAGGAGAAAAUUCAGCAGAUGAGUGAAGGUUUGCAGACAUACCGGGACCUGGAUGCCCUCAAAUCCAGCGGCGAACUGAAGAAAAAGCAAUUGCGGGAGGACAGAGUAUCUCUAAUGGAGAGGAGAGACUCCUUCAAAAAGAUCACGCAGAAAAUGAACCAGGAGUACGAGUCUCUGGCAGCACAGUUACAGGAGAAUGAGACUCGCACACAGCUGAGAAACCUGGAGAGGAAGUGGCAGCACCAUGAACAGAACAACUUCGUUAUGAAAGAGUUCAUCACCUCAAAGGGCAUGGAGAGUGACUACCGGCCUGUGAUGAAGACCGUCACCAAGCAGCUGGCCGACUACAAUAAGGUCCUCAUUGAUGGCCUGCAGGGCACCAGAAACUGAGCCCUGCUUCCUGUCUACCGCAGGUCGCCAUUAGGGCUCUGUGACUCUGUCUCUGACUCACUUCCUCUGGGAAUGCUUUCCUACUCAACAUUCCAGAGGCAUGUUACACGUGCCACUGAGAUUAUGGCGGGACCCCGAGGGGAAAGAACACACCAUUACUCUGGGCUCAAAAUGCAAGUUUAUCUGUGACAGAUCUAUAAUUAACAGUUCUACCUAGGCUUUUAAAUGUAUGGAUGUAUGUCAACUGUAUGAAAAUCCUAUUUAUAUAAUAAUAUUUUGAGUAAUAAAUGUAAUAAUCAUUUGACAGAUUAUGUAUUUUGUCCUGUUGCUCAUCUAAAUAUGGUACUGAUUAGACUGAUUAGACUUAGAUUAGAAUUUUAAAUGAACCUAGUACUUAUCCUAUAAAAGCUGGAUUUGUCAUCCAGCUUUGCUACUCAUGAGGAUCUGGGCCAUAAUGCUACAUGUGGAGAUCAGAUGCAGGAUGGACACUCAUACAGCAUGUCCAUGUGGUUCCAGUGUGUUGUCCAGGAGAACCAGAUUGAUGUUGACAGUAGACUACAGAUGUUGAGAGGAGCAGGCCAACUCCGACAAGUGAAGAGACAGGUGUCAAAUAACAGUGACUUGUGGAGACUGAUUUUAAAAAUUGGGUAUUUAUUUACAUUCUGUUUUCUAAAUGUAUGUAUCAGCCAACUAAAGGGUGUUUUCUUUUCUUUGUCCAAAUGGAACAGAUACAGAUAUGAGCUGCUGAGACUGUACCCAUCCAAACAUUCCACAUACAUUAGUACAUUUGACAAGUUUCAACUGGAGCUAUAAAUGCAUGUUAAAAUAAACUGUGGUGGGUUUUGAAAUUAUAUAUGGUAGUCUUCAACAGA